AUGACUAAAAAAAUCGUCUCCAUUUACCUAAUGUUAUUAAUGAUGCUGCCACUGGCAAAACUAGAGGAAAUUUCAUCGAAGCCGACAACAUGCGUCGCCAUAAGAAGCAAAUAUCGUAUCACGGAGAAUGGAUAUUUUACACUCUAUGAUUCAACAAAUAAACCCUAUAUAGCCUUUUGUGAUUUUCAAUCGGAUCCUGGAUUUGCAUGGACACUAAUUGAAUCACUUUCAACAACAAGCGCACGUAGUUCGAAAUUUCGUAAAAGUUUUAGUUUUAAUGUUCCGUCAAAUGAAUGUACACCUAAUUGGACAGGCUAUCGCCUUUCAAAAUCCAAAAUGACAGCAAUAAAGAGCUCUGCAUCGUCAACUCAUUUUCGCGCUACGUGUAACUUCAACGGCCAAAGCCAGAAAGGAUUACAGAAUCGUGACGAUUACCUAAGAGUUUCACUAUGUGCAUAUAAUUACCUUCUGAGUACCAGAAAUGUCUGGACUUGCGCUAUCGUAGAUUAUAUUAAUGUUCGGGGCCAUUCAUGUACUAAAUGUAGUAUUCCAUUUUAUAGCUCGAAUGCCUAUCAUUUAUUUAUACAUCUCCCAACAUCCAAAUCUUCAUGUGCAAGAUUUACUGUCCCUGAAAUGAUUACAAAUGAAGAUGCCUUCGGAUUUUAUCACAACGUCAAUAUAAAAUUCUCUUGUACUGCAAAUAGUACGUCAACAACAAAUUGGUGGAUUGGUGGAGGUUACUUCGAUUGA